AUGUCCACGGCAGUAUGCGGAGACAAACUUGACAUCCACGCAGGCGGAUUCGAUCUCAAGUUUCCCCACCAUGAUAAUGAAAUAGCCCAAGUUGAAGCAUACUACGACAACCCACAAUGGGUCAAUUAUUUCAUUCAUUGUGGCACUCUCCGGAUAGCUGGCAUGAAAAUGAGCAAAUCGCUCAAGAAUUUCAUCACUAUUCGUGAAGCCCUUCAAACAUACACCUCUAGACAACUUCGAUUUCUGUUUCUUAUGCAUAACUGGACUGAUGUUUUGGAUUACAGCACGGCUACAAUGGAACGCGCCAUGCAGUUUGAAAAGAUAUCCAACGAAUUUUUCUUGUUAGUCAAGGAUUUGUUACGUAAACAUUACAAGCCGGAUAGCCCUCAGGGCUAUGUUAAAUAUAAUUCUCGAGAGCUUCAAAUCAUGGAGGAGUUUUCCGCCAUCAAAAAAGAUGUCAGUUUAACCCUUUUGAUUUUCGCGCAAUUUUUUGCCAGUUCUCUAUUAGGUUCACGACGCUCUGUGCGACUCUAUGGACACGAGAACAGUAUCGAAAAAUUGCGGGAUCUUAUCGGUAUUGGAAAUGCUUACGUUAACGAGAAGGAAAAGGAAGGCGUAGCUCCAAAUUGCCUCUACUUCAAAUAUUUCUUUGCUGUACAUGACAGUACCUCUUUCGCGAUGGAGGCGGGUGUUGGUUCAGAAGAAAUGCUGAUGCCCUAUCUGAACGCUCUUGCCAGUUUCCGAGAGAAAGUCAGGAAUAUCGCUAAGGAUAAUAAAGUUACAGCAAUUUUAGAG